AUGUCCCAACCGUCAGAAGGGGCUCUGCUGGGCGAAAAGGAAAAAAUCAAGGAAGCUAACGCAGCCAUUUUUCAUCAACCUUUAAACCUUCAGUUCGAUACUGGUGAUGAGUAUAUCAACUUUCGUCAAAAAUGGUGGCAGUUGUGGUUACCCAAGGACCCACCACCUCCAGCUCCCCCGUCUCUGGAGGAUGCAGUUCUGACGCCUUUGGCCAAUGCUUCCAUUUUCUCUCAGCUCACCUACGCCUGGGUAACCGAUAUUAUGGUUCUCGGAUAUCAGCGCACGUUACAGGCGUCUGAUCUAUACAAAAUGGACACACCCCGAGAGUCAGCCGUCCUUGCCGCUAAACUUGAAGCUGCAUGGCAGCGGCGUGUUAGGGCAGCAGCCGACUGGAAUGCGCGUCUUCAGAAUGAAGAACUCAAGCCAUCUCUCUUCAAGCGUACCGGCUGGGCCUUACGUGCAAUUUCCAGGAAAGAACAUAAGCAAGGCGCGACUUGGUCCGAACGACGGGCAUUGUUUCAGAAUCGUUGGCGAGAAUCCGCAGGGCGGAAAGAGGCCAGCCUUACUUGGGCUUUGAAUGAUGUUUUUAGUAGGAUGUUCUGGAUCGGAGGUGUAUUCAAGGUCUUCAGUGAUAUGGCACAACUCAUGGGUCCUCUCGUCCUCCGGCAAAUUAUCGUCUUCGCGGAGGAGCGUUCCGCUGCAAUCGUUGCUGGAAAACCUGUCCCCAAUGUCGGUCACGGUAUCGCCAUGGCUCUUGGACUCUUCGCACUUACUGUAGCAACAAGCAUCUGCAACCACCAGUUCUUUUGGCGUUCAAUGGAAACAGGCGUACUGGCUAGAGCCGCACUGAUAACAUGCAUUUACGAGCGUGGCGUGAACCUCACAGCCAAGGCACGUGUCAAACUCAACAACGCUGCGCUUGUCAACCAUAUUUCUACGGACGUGAGCAGGAUUGAUUCGUGUGCGCAGUGGUUUGUCGUAGUUUGUCUAAUCAUUCUUAUAAUUGAGCUCGGGCCGUCCGCGCUCGCUGGUUUCUCGCUAUUCGUCCUCAUGAUUCCAAUUCAACAGCGGUUAAUGACAUUGCAGUACCGUAUUCGCUUGGGGUCGAUGAAGUGGACUGAUCAACGAGCCAAAGCCCUGCUGGAGAUAAUCGGGGCCAUACGUGUUGUCAAGUACUUCUCAUACGAGGUUCCCUUCCUUCAAAAAAUCUUCGAGCUUCGAAAGAAGGAACUGCGCGGUGUCCGAUGGAUUCUUUACUCCAGUUCAGCGAACUUUGCGCUCGCUCUUUCGCUCCCAGUCCUCGCUGCUACACUAGCUUUUGUCACAUACACUCUUACAGUGCACAACUUCAACGUUGCUGUCAUAUUCACUUCGCUGAGUUUGUUCCAGCUACUGCGGCAACCAAUGCUAUACAUUCCGCGCUCUCUAUCGUCCAUUUCCGACGCGUCCAGCGCGAUCCAGCGGCUUACCUCCGUGUUCCACGCAGAGCUCAUUUCCGGAGAUACAUUCGUGAUCGACAAGGACCAAGAACCCGCACUCCUGGUGAUGGACGCAACGUUUGAGUGGGAGUCGUUUAAGAAAGAUGCUGGUGAAGCUUCCAGCUCGAAGAAGGGCAACGACAGGAGCGCGAAGGAAGACUUGGCGAAGGAAAAGCCCGUUCUUGGAAUGGAUGCGCCACUCUUUAAGGUAAAGGAUAUAACUAUGGCCAUCCCACGAGGUCAGCUCGUCGCUGUAGUUGGGCCUGUUGGGAGCGGCAAGUCCAGUUUACUGCAGGGACUGAUAGGGGAGAUGAGGAAGGUCUCCGGGCAUGUCUCAUUUGGCGGUCGCGUUGGUUAUUGUCCGCAGACUGCAUGGAUCCAGAAUCGUGAUAAUAUCACUUUUGGCCAACCAUUCGAGGAAGACAGAUAUUGGCACGUUAUCGAGACUGCCUGUCUACUUCCUGAUCUCCAACUGCUCCCAGAUGGAGAUUUAACUGAGAUCGGAGAAAAGGGUAUCAAUCUCAGCGGUGGCCAAAAACAGAGAGUCAACAUUGCUCGCGUUCUGUACUUUAACCCUGAAAUUGUCAUAUUUGAUGACCCGCUCUCGGCGGUGGAUGCUCAUGUCGGAAAGUCUUUAUUCCAAGAUGCCAUCGUGGGUGCCCUGCGAAAUCGUGGUAUUACUGUCAUUCUGGUUACGCAUGCGAUUCACUUCCUCUCUCAAGUGGAUCACAUCUAUAUCAUGAACAAUGGCUGCAUCACAGAAAGCGGGACCUACAACGAACUGAUCUCCAGCGGCGGAGACUUUGCGCAUUUGGAUCUGGAGUUCGGUGGUCAUGCGUCAGAGGGGAAAGAUGCAGACCAGGCAGAUGAAGUUACUCCGCAGACAGGCGUUACCAUUCAGGAUGUGAAGUUGAAGUCAGAACGAGCCAAAGGAAAGGCUACCGGCAGUGGUAAACUCGAAGGUCGCUUAAUGGUCAAGGAGAAGCGGUCGACGGGCUCUGUGUCCUGGGGAGUAUACAGGACCUACUUGAAUGCGGGACGUGGUUCAACAUUAGGACCUCUAGUUCUUCUCUUCGUGCUCGCGAUGCAGGGAAGCCUGAUCUUAAACUCGUACACGCUAGUUUGGUGGGAGGCCAACACAUUCAACCGACCAAUCUCGUUCUAUCAGACGUUGUAUGGCUGCCUCGGGGCUGUCCAAGUUAUCUUCACAUUCUUGCUUGGUGCUGGAAUGGACUUGUUUUCCUAUCAUGUGUCACAAAAUCUGCACCACAAGUCCCUACGUAACGUCUUUUAUGCGUCCAUGUCCUUCUUCGACACUACACCUAUGGGCCGAAUCCUGAGCAUUUUUGGCAAAGAUAUCGACAGUGUUGACAAUCAAUUACCACAAUCAAUGAAAUGGCUUCUCCUUUCUCUGUCCAACGUUAUGGGCUCUGUCGUCAUCGUUUCUGUCCUUGAACCAUACUUUGUUAUUGCUGUGUUCUUCAUCCCUCUCGGUUACGGCUAUUUCACUGCCUUUUAUCGAGCUAGUGCCCGUGAGGUCAAGCGCCUGGACUCUAUGUUUCGCUCUCUUAUGUAUGCCCACUUUUCCGAGAGCUUGACAGGACUUCCUACUAUCCGAAGCUACGGAGAAAUGGGGCGGUUCAUUGACGCCAAUAGGUACUAUGUUGAUGUGGAGGAUAGAGCCCUAUUCAUCGUAGUUGCAAACCAGAGAUGGCUUGCAGUAAGGUUGGACUUCAUUGGAGGCAUAUUGGUCUUCCUUGUUGCUCUUCUCACAGUGAUCGACGUCUCCGGGAUUAACGCCGCCCAGAUAGGGUUGGUACUGACGUAUACAACCUCGCUGUCGCAAAUGUGUACUCUCCUUACCAAACAGACAGCAGAUGUUGAGAAUGCCAUGAAUGCAGUGGAACGAUUGGCACAGUACGUCGAAGGCGACACAAUUACUCAAGAGGCUCCGUAUGAGAUCGAAGAACGAAAGCCACCGGCAUAUUGGCCCGAACAUGGCGCUGUCGAAUUUAACGACAUCAAAAUGGCAUACAGGCCGGGCCUUCCCAAUGUAUUGAAGGGCAUCUCGGUCAAAAUCAGGGGAGGCGAAAAGAUAGGCGUUGUUGGAAGGACUGGUGCCGGAAAAUCUUCACUGAUGCUCGCACUGUUUCGAAUUGUUGAGUUGUCUGGUGGUUCAAUCACUAUCGAUGGCGUCGACAUAUCUACUAUUGGUCUCAAAGACCUCCGCUCCAAGAUUUCUAUUAUCCCACAAGAUCCUCUUCUAUUCAGCGGGACCAUACGCUCCAACCUGGAUCCAUUCUGCCAACACAGUGACAUAGAGCUAUGGGACGCGCUGCAUCGAUCUUGUCUUCUUGAUUCUAGCAUCACCUUGGAACAGUCAUCUUCUGACGAUUUCGUUAGCAGCGAACAAACUUCCCCCAGCCGCCACAACCUGGACAGCACUAUUGAGAGUGAGGGCGCGAACCUCAGUGUUGGGGAAAGAUCUCUGCUCAGUCUAGCUCGCGCGCUGGUGAAAGAUUGCAAAGUCGUCGUACUCGACGAGGCCACGGCCUCUGUCGAUCUCGAGACUGAUAGCAAGAUCCAGCGCACUAUCCAGAGAGAAUUCCAAAAUCGCACGCUACUUUGUAUUGCCCACCGACUUCGAACUAUCAUCUCAUACGACCGGAUUUUGGUCCUCGACGCUGGCAUUGUUGCGGAAUUUGACACUCCAUCCAAUCUCUUCAUGGAGGGUGGAAUUUUCCGCGGAAUGUGUGAGAGGAGUAAUAUCUCAUUAAGAGAUAUAGAGAUGAGUAGACAGGUUUAGUGGAGUUCGAGGUUUAUUUAUUUUCAUGUUGGUAAGGCCCGCAUACCGUUGUGUUUCCGCAGAUAUCGAUAAUACCUAUAGAUUAGGCCCUACUUAUACUAGUGAUACUUAUACUAGUGAUACUUGUACCUGGAGCACUUCUGUCAUGUAGCGAUCUUGAAGCUGAUAUCAUUCCUUGCUCACACUCGAGAGAAUGUAAACUUCAAAACUUCUCGGGCUUCGAUCGAUGUAGGGCAGCAAUGCUUUGUGCUCAAAGCUUGGGACGUUAUAUCCGCAGACGGCAUUGAGGGGGGUCAGAUGCCCUAGUAUGCUUUCUUUCCGGUUAGUAUACGUAAGGCCGAGAAAUGUCUAUGUCAAAAGCGUUGCCCACGAUUCGCGAAUGGAAGAAAAUGGGGACCCGGCAAAAGUGACAGUCGACUCGAGUUCUUGC